AUGCAAUUUGUUGCUGUCCUCGCAGCUUUGGGUGCCUUGGUGGCCCCAGCUGCUGCCUACCCUCAUGCUCCCAUGAACGAAACUCUUGUCGACGUCCAGCUUACCGCUGUUGGAAACACGAUGGUCAAAGCUACCAUUACCAACAAGGGCGACUCCGUUUUGAACAUGCUCCAGUUUAACACCAUCAUGGACGAGAAUCCUACCCGCAAAGUCAUGGUCUUCCAGGACGGUGUCGAGGUUCCUUUCACUGGAAUGAUGCCACGAUACCUCAUGAGCGAUCUUACCGAAGAGUUCUUUACUACCCUUCCCCCCCAGGCAAGCGUUGAGCACACUUUCGACAUCGCUGCCACCCACGAUCUCAGUGCUGGUGGAAAGUAUGUGAUCAGUGCCAGUGGUGCCGUCCCAACUGCCGAGGAGCAUAGCACUACUAUCACAUCCACCGCUCUAUACGAGUCUAACGAGCUCCAUAUGGAAGUUGAUGGUGUUCAGGCUGCCGCCGUCGAGCAGGCCAUGAACUUCACCCCUGAAAUGCAGUCUAUCCACGCCAGAGCCCUUGAGAAGCGCACUAAGAUUGUUUCCGGCUCUUGCAACCAGAACACCCUCCGUGCCACCAUGAAUGCUCUUGGAAACUCUGCCCGCCUUGCCCAGGCUGCCUCCCGUGCCGCCUCACAGAACCCUCGCAAGUUCCAGGAGUACUUCCGUACCAAUGAUGCUAACGCUAAACAGAGAGUAAUUGCCCGCCUCAACUCUGUUGCCCGCGAAUCUAGCUCUGCCAACGCCGGUGUCACCACCUACUACUGCUCUGAUACUAUGGGUGGCUGCAAGCCUCGCGUCCUUGCCUACACCCUCCCAUCCCGUAAUCUAGUUGUCAACUGCCCGAUCUAUUACAACUUGCCUCCGCUCACCAAGCAGUGCCAUGCACAGGACCAGGCUACCACCACCCUCCACGAAUUCACCCACAACCCAGCCGUUGCUAGCCCACAUUGCCAGGACUACGCUUACGGCUACCAGCAGUGUAUCUCCCUCCCAGCUGCUAAGGCUGUCCAGAAUGCUGACAACUACGCCCUUUUUGCCAACGGUAUGUUAAGCAACCUGUUUGUAUUCACCCUUAACUAA